AUGGCAUUUGCAUCCAGAUCAUCGGCCUUCUCAGCGAUACGCCAGCUUGGAUCCGGACCGGCUGUAGCAUCCAGCUCGCAAAGUGUUGUCGCCGCAUUCUCGACCUCGGCUUCGUCCUCCUAUGCCACACCGACAGCAGAUGCGACUGCGCGCAAGCCUCCUUACUCUGCCGCUUCCGAAGCGUCUCCAGCACCUACAGAUCUCAAUGCGAUCGGACGUGGUCGCAAGUCGGCGGGUCGAGGCCGUCCGAAGAUGCUUGCUCCGUUCGACGAGUGGAUUCAAUCCGAUGCACGAGCGUACAAGCAGCCCAAACCUGGCAUGGGCCCCAACUGGAUUGGCGACACCCCUUUCCCACUCAACCCUUCGUUCAACCCACCUGCGCCCAUUCGACAGAGCACAAAGACCGAGAUCUGGCGUCUGCAUGCCAGCGAUCCAAAGGAAUGGACGAUUCGCGCGCUAUCGGAAAAGUUUUCGAUCGGUCUGCAGAGGACAGAGGCCAUCUUGCGAUUGAAGGCGCUUGAGAGCGAGUGGACAUCAAAGAACAAACCAUUGCAAAGCGAGUUCCAAUCUAACAUGGACCGAUUGCUUGGUGCACAAGACCGCAAACGCAUGCCCGAGUCUGAGCCCUCUGUGCAGUCGACCAGCAAGUCGAUGCGUGGUGCGCAGCACGAAGAAUUUUCGGAAGCUGAUUCGCUGGAUGCACCCUCGGUAAUCGCACCAGCGAUGGCCGAAGAGAGUCUCAAGCGAGCUAGCAUGAUUGCUGCGCUGCCAAGCGGCGGUCCGGACGUCGAUGCAAAAAGCUCGACCAAGGUGAUCAAGACCCAGAGGGCACCUUUAUCCAUCACCAAAGUGUCCGGCGACUCGUACAAGGGCGCCGGUCGUGUAGAGCGAAAUGUGCGUCGCGCGGAAAAGAGGAAAGGGCCCAAGGCCCACGCCCGUUCCAACAAGUGA